AUGCAACCGCUCUCGCGCCGCGUGCUGUCUCUGCAGCAGCGCCCUGCCUCGAUGGUGGGCGUCUGCCGGUCCUGUCGCCGACGGCUCGCCACGACGGCCUCAUCAGCAGCGCCGCCCAAGCCGCCCGCCUCUGGCCUGGCCGAGCUCUCCUCGCGCCGCGUCCUCGCCGUGGCCGGCGCCGAUGCCACCAAGUUCCUGCAAGGCAUCGUCACGCAAAACGUCGCCACCGUCGGCGGACACGGACGCAACCAACAGACGACGACGCCGGCCUCGCCCCGGACAGAGGGCUUCUACGCCGGCUUCCUCAACGCCACGGGCCGCGUCAUGCACGACACCUUCAUCUACCCGUUCCGCAGCGGCGCCGGCGGCCUGGCCGCUCUCGAAUCCGGCGACGGCUUCCUCGUCGAGGCCGACGCCGCGCAGGCGACCCGUCUCGAAAAGUACAUUAAGCGCUACAAGCUGCGCGCCAAGGUCAGCGUGCGCAGCCUGGCGCCGGACGAGGUGUCUGUCUGGCAGGCCUGGGAUGAUGCCGCUGCUGCUGCCGACGGCGCCGCGCUGAGCCUGCCGAGCAGCACCGCCACCAUGACGCUGCGCGACCCCCGCGCCCCGGCCAUGGGAUACCGCGUGCUGCAGCUCGGCGGCGGCGCGCCGGGCGUCGACGCCGAGCGCGCCGACGAGGACGCCUACACGAUCCGGCGCUACCUGCAGGGCGUGCCCGAGGGCCAGGACGAGCUGCUGCGCGAGCACGCGCUGCCGCUCGAGAGCAACAUGGAGCACAUGCGCGGCAUCGACUUCCACAAGGGCUGCUACGUCGGCCAAGAGCUGACCAUCCGCACCAAGCACCGCGGCGUCGUCCGCAAGCGCGUCCUCCCGUGCGUGCUGUACGACGUCGACAGGCCGGCGCCUGCCACCCUCGCCUACGACCCCGAGGGCCUGGCAUCCUUGUCGGCGGCGGCGGUGCCGGGCGAGACGGGCAUCGGCCGCUUCGAGAAGCGCGGGCGCAGCGCGGGCAAGUGGCUCAAGGGCGUGGGCAACGUCGGCCUCGCGCUGUGCCGGCUGGAGAUUAUGACGGACGUGGUCCUGCCCGGGGAGCAGGCGGCGGCGACGUACAAUCCCGAAGACGAGUUUGUGCUCGAGUGGGGAGGGCAGGAGGACGUCAAGAGCAGUGUCAAGAUCAAGGCAUUUGUGCCCGACUGGCUGCGUGCUGGCAUGGAAGAAGGGCUGAAGAAGUAG